GUUGCAUUUUCAUAAACCUUUUCCAUUGUAAUUUGUCCAAGUUGCAUUUUCAUAAACCUUUUCCAUCUGCCCAACGUGCCAGCCUUGCAUGUUAGAAUUCAGAUCUCUCUUCUCACAUUCCAUUCCUCCUUUCUUCACUACUUCUCUCAUUACCUGACAAACAAUCAAUCAGUAGCUCCCAGAGAGCAAAGCUAUGUCGAUGCCGCGGCCGCCCAACGAGCCCUCCUUGGCUACGUGGGACUGCAUGCUGCCGGGGCCACCGUCCAAGAACAAUUGCGGAUCUGCGGACCUCUCCUCAGCCGGCCUCCUUGCCUACGCUGCCGGCAGCUCCGUCGCCAUUCUUGACACCCACUCCAUGCAGCUGGUCUCCACCCUCCCCCUUCCCCCACAGGCUUCGUCCACCGUGUCCCCCUUCAUCACCGCCGUGCGAUGGUCUCCCCUCCCCCUACCCCACUACCUACUGGACAGCGAAAAUACCUCCUCGCACCUCCUGCUCGCUGUCGGUGAUCGCCAUGGGCGCAUUUCGCUGCUUGAUUUCCGCUCCAAAGCCCCCAUUCUUUCUUUCGAUACAAAUAAUCCUAAUUCAUCUAAAUUAGGUAUCCAGGAUCUCUGCUGGAUCCAGGCCCGACCCGACUCCUGGUGCCUCGCUGCCAUUUCAGGACCCUCGUUUCUCUCUAUUUACAACACUGCAACUGGCCGCUGCUUCUUCAAGUACGAUUCUUCCCCGGAAUACUUCUCCUGUCUUAGGCGGGACCCCUUCGAUUCCCGCCAUUUCUGUGCCUUGGGUGAUGAUUCUGAAAACGACGUCGCCUUGAAGGAACUUCAGAUUCGCACAGACGCGUCGGAAUUGCAGAGGCUGGAGAGAGAUUCUUCUAGUGGCAGUAACAGUGGGGCGCCGGCCUCUGUGAUCUUCCCCAAUUAUGUGGCGAAGUUUGCCUUCUCGCCACAUUGGAAACAUGUGAUAUUAGUGGGUUUUCCCAGAGAGCUUUUAUUGUUUGACUUGCAGUACGAAUCGGUGUUGUUUGCAGCAGGGUUGCCGAGGGGUUGCAGCAAGAUCUUGGAAGUGUUACCAGAUGUGAAUAUGGAGGUGUUUUACUGUGCUCAUUUGGAUGGGAAGCUCAGUACUUGGCGACGCAAAGAGGGAGACCAGGUGCACAUGAUGUGUUCAAUGGAUGAAUUAAUGCCUUCAAUUGGCACAACUGUUCCUUCUCCUUUAGUUCUUGCAGUUGCCAUCUCUCAAUCAGAUUACAUGCUUCAAGACAUCCGCAAACUUUGUCUUGGCACAGAUUCAUUUGAUAUGGAUUUCGAUAAUCCUUUUGAUUUCUUUGAUGAAUCUCCUAUAAUUUCGAAGACACAUUUAAUAUCCAUCUCUGAUGAUGGAAAAGUGUGGAAAUGGCUCCUGACUGCUGAAAGGUUGAGGGAUGGUCAGAAGGAUAUAGAAAAUGUGAAAAAGGCUGCUGAGGUCCGUGAACUUCCAGCCCAGGAAGUGGAAUCCCGAUCAGAAGGUUUUCCUGGUGACUUAGGCGUACUGAAAUCAGUCACACAGCCAGAUGAUACAAAUAGCAGAGAAAACCGCCAAUCUGGUCCCACUACUUCUUUAGAGGAAGUGUCAUUUAAGGUCACUCUAGAUGGGCAGCUUCAUCUUCUGUCAUCAGCAGUUACUAUGCUGGCUGUACCAUCGCCUUCACUGACGGCUACUUUAGCACGUGGUGGAAACUCCCCUGCUAUAGCUGUUCCACUAGUUGCUUUAGGAACGCAAAAUGGCACGAUAGAUGUGAUUGACAUCUCGGCUAAUGCUGUUGCUGCAAGUUUUUCUGUUCACAGCAGCAUGGUCAGGGGAUUACGUUGGCUAGGAAACUCAAGACUUGUUUCCUUCUCUUAUACGCAGGGAACAGAGAAAACAGGAGGCUAUGUCAAUAGGCUUGUUGUAACCAGCCUGAGAAGUGGCCUUAAUAGAACAUUUCGAGUACUUCAAAAGCCGGAGCGAGCACCAAUAAGAGCAUUAAGGGCUUCAUCUUCUGGAAGAUAUCUUUUGAUCUUGUUCCGGGAUGCACCUGUUGAGGUUUGGGCAAUGACAAAGGCUCCGAUAAUGCUGAGGUCGUUAGCUCUUCCAUUCACCGUUCUUGAAUGGACUCUUCCAACAGUUCCAAGGCCAGCCCAAAGUAAACCUACAAGGACCUCUUCAUUUUUAUCCAAAGAUCAUGCUGACGUCCCCCUUAUCGGGCCCUCAUCCCCUACUACAACAUCAUCAACUGAUGCUAAAGAAGGAGCAGAUGGAUCCCAUGAAGAUUUUUCAGAAAGCUUUGCAUUUGCCUUGGUGAAUGGCGCACUUGGAGUGUUCGAGGUCCACGGACGAAGAAUCCGAGACUUUAGACCGAAGUGGCCAUCAUCUUCAUUUGUUACGUCGGAUGGAUUGAUUACAGCCAUGGCUUAUCGCUUGCCUCAUGUAGUCAUUGGAGACAGGACAGGGAACAUACGCUGGUGGGAUGUCACUACUGGGCAAUCAUCCUCAUUCAACACUCACAGGGAUGGUAUUAGGAGAAUCAAGUUCUCACCAGUUGUUCCUGGAGACCGUAGCCGUGGGCGUAUUGCUGUUUUAUUUUAUGACAACACAUUUUCUGUGUUUGAUCUGGAUUCACCUGAUCCAUUGGCUAAUUCCCUUUUACAACCACAAUUUCCUGGAACUCUAGUAGUUGAACUUGACUGGUUGCCAUUGCGGACAAGUAAGGAUGAUCCACUGGUACUGUGCAUAGCUGGAGCUGAUAGUAGUUUCCGUCUUGUUGAACUUAAUGUAAAUGACCAGAAAAUGGGGGUUCUUGGUCCCCAAGUUCGACCAACAAAAGAGAGAUUUCGGCCAGUACCUUUGCCUUCUCCUGUAUUGCUCCCCACACCACAUGCCCUGGCGCUGAGGAUGAUCUUGCAGUUGGGUGUGAAACCUGCAUGGUUUGAUGUAUUUAGCACAACCAUGAAUGACUGGAAUACUCCAGGAACCCCAUCAGCUGGAGAUCUCCGUGGCUACAUGAUGAAUUCACCACGUGUUGGCGACUCUGUUGUUCCAGAAAUGCUUCUGAAAGUAUUAGAGCCUUACCGUAAAGCAGGCUGCCUCCUUGAUGACGAGAGAGUAAGACUAUAUGCUAAAGUUGUUAGAAAAGGCUCCCCAUUGAGGUUGGCAUUUGCAGCGGCCAUCUUUGGUGAAUCCAUGGAAGCCCUAUUUUGGCUACAAUUACCUCAUGCUCUCAACCACUUGAUGAAUAAAUUGGUUAAUAAAUCAACACAAAGAGGGCCACAUACAGCUCGCACUCCUGAAAUUGACGAGGCAUCCAUGUUGAGCAGGAUAUCUUCAAAAGGGAAAUCAGCGCCUGGAUCAGGGAAAAAGAAUUUGUUGGUUAACGGUCAACUUAAAUUGAUGGCCUUUGAACAACAAGAACUAUGGGAGCGCGCUAAUGAACGUAUCAAUUGGCAUGAGAAAUUGGAGGGCGAAGAGGCAAUUCAAAACCGUAUACAUGAACUUGUGUCAGUUGGGAACUUGGAGGCUGCUGUUAGCUUGUUGCUCUCAACUUCUCCAGAGAGCUCUUACUUCUAUGUAAAUGCUCUGCGAGCAGUUGUGCUUUCCUCUGCUGUGUCCUCAUCUCUGCAUGAACUGGCUGUAAAGGUAGUCGCGGCCAAUAUGGUCAGAAAUGAUAGGUCAAUGUCUGGCACGCACCUGCUUUGUGCAGUAGGGAGGUAUCAGGAAGCUUGUUCCCAGUUGCAGGAUGCUGGGUGCUGGACGGACGCCGCAACAUUAGCUGCGACACACUUAAAAGGGUCUGAUUAUGCAAGAGUGUUGCAGAGAUGGGCGGAACAUGUUCUUCACACUGAACAUAACAUCUGGAGGGCAUUGAUAUUAUACGUUGCAGCUGGUGGGUUACAAGAAGCAUUGACAGCUCUUCGCCAGGCACAGCUGCCCGACACUGCAGCCAUGUUCAUACUUGUUUGCCGUGAAAUCCAUGCUGAAUUUCUCUCCCGCUUGGAUUCUGAUGAAGAUGCUACUUUGUUAAAGAAUAAGGUCAUGAACUUGCCUGGGCUGAACCCGGGAAAUGAAGAUGUCGUUGCAGUUGGUGAAUAUUAUGGACAGUACCAGAGGAAACUAGUACAUAUGUGCAUGGAUUCUCAGCCAUACACUGACUAAGUAGUUGGGAAUAACUCUGGAUCUGUCGCAGAAUCUUCGAUACAUAUGGGUCAAUGUGGCUGGCGGAAGAAUUGCAACUUUUAUUUGUCAAGGUUGAAGCAUAAAGCUAGCUAGCCAUCAUCUGGAAGGUGACAACUGUUGUCUAUAACAUCCAAUAUAAGAGGUUUUGUGAACCUAAUUCAACCCCCCCCCCCCAACCAAAAAAA